AUGUUUGAAUCAAGUAUCGAAGACUAUCUCAAUAAUACCACGCAUACAGACUGGUCUAUUCUUUCGAUUUUAGAACAUGUGGACUCCAAAAAGAAAAUUUAUAUUGAUGAUAUUGGCGACCUCAAAUAUGCUAUUUAUAGCUCGUUGCGACGCUACAGACGGCGAAAGAAUAUUCUAUCAAGGGUUAACUCAAAAAUAAGAGAAGACGAGGAGGACCUGCAAGUUUUAGUACGACGAAAUAUGACAGCCACAUACACUGUUGAAGCACUUAAAGACUACCGCCGCAACAAGAAUACACAGAGGCAGCUGCAGUCGGAAGAUAUUGACCAUACGGAAACACUGAACAACGCCUCGCUGCAAAAUGCUCUGGAUAGUGAGCUGGACAAUAUAUUAGAUGAGAACAUCCAAACAUUAGCAAGAAAGAGACGAGGUGAAGAACUGCCUUCAACACCACCAAAUAAGAUCAGAACAUUUAAUGUGGACGCUUUUCAACGAGAGCAAAAUUCAUUAUCCAAUUACGGAGAGUCUGAUUCUGACUCUGGUCCUGAAGUCGUGAAAAGCAUCCCGCUUACGAAUGUCCUUCUGGAUGUUUCUCCUUUUGAACAACGAACAUCAGCCAUUUUCGUUGAGUCUGUUGAUAUAGAUGAAGUUGGUACCGAUUCAAGCCUAUCCUUG